GUGCAGUACUACGAUGCAGCUGGGGUCACUCGAACCCCCGGAACUGAGCCUCUACUUUAGUCAAUCCUCUUUGGUCUCCACCCGCAAAAUUUAAAAUCUCGAGGAGUGAUGGGAAACCGGUGGCCUCAUCACAUCAGUUAACCUCUGGAAAAUCAAAACAAACCCUGAAAUUGAUCAGUCGUCCUCGGGAAGGACCUCCCCCCAUCAUGGACAGCCGGAGCAACUCCAAAGAGGACCUGGAUGCCUCAAUAGCUCUUUUGAAUCAGGAGAAUCACCAACGUAAGUCCCUUUUGAGGUUAACCACGAAGACAACCACUCCGAAGCGUAUCUCCCUCCACCAGAGUGUUCUGACUCGAAAGAAUCCAGAACUUCUCCAAAACUCGAGCUUCUCCAGAGACUCCCUUACCUCAGUGAAGCAUGACACCUCGGAAGUCGACCUAUCGGUGUCUCUGCUGCCCUCAGAGCUGGCAAAAUUUUCGAAACUCUACAAUCUGCCUAGCCAGGACUCCCUGGACGCCUCGACCACCUUAAAUCGGAGCAACUGGUCCCUCCAGGAGAUGAUGGACGACAGUACCGCUACUGGAAUAAUCCUCAAGUCCGACAAGCCCUGGAGGAAAGCCAACUCCAAGCUCUUCCAGGAGUUCCUGGAGAUCGUCCAGUCUCAUGCGUCAGAGCUACAGAUAUUCGAUACGAUCGCCGACUUCAUUCAGAUCUGCUCAGAUACUCUGGACAUCAUGAGGGGAAUGCAGUCCAAGGUCAACGACGCUGAGCUCUCCGAUGAGGAGACUAGUCUGGAAAACGAGAGGAACACCUGGAGACUCAUCUACUGUCUCUACCAGAAUCGUUUGGCUUCCAUGAAUCAUCAGAACGAGAUGGAUACAGAUGUGAACAGAAAUAUCUCCGAGAAGGACGUAAUUACGAAUCUUCUGAAGAACGAGCCCCAGGUCAGAGAAUAUCAACUGAUAAUCGAUUGGCUGGAGAAAAAUGCAAUGGACCAGGCGGCGAUGCUCCCGAAGAUCGAGUACUUCACAGACAAGACAGUAGCCUGGGAGAAUACCCUGCACCAGCUCCAGAAUCGCCAGUCGAGUAUCUCCUUUGGUUCAGCUCGUCCCCUGGUGACAUCCCUGGAUCCAGACGCUCCCAUCCGCGAAGGGAAGCCCCUUCACGACCUGGACAAAGAGGACGACGCGAGACUGGAGAAACGAAUGUUCAUAGAAGUGCGAUGUGGUCGUCUGCAGCGAGCCCAGGAACUGGCGAUUCACUGCGGCCAACCAUGGAGGGCAGCUUGCCUAAUUGGCUGGCAGCCCCACCACGAUCCCAACUACCAAAAUCCACUGACAGACACGAAACUCCCCAUCGAGGGUAACCCCAACAGAUCCCUCUGGAAACUGAACGCCUGGUACCUCUCCCAGGAUACGAGAUUCGGUGCUUUUUAUCGUGGCAUCUACGCGAGUCUCUGUGGCAACUUAAAACAGCUCCUCGCAGUCUCCAGGUCCUGGCAGGACGCCCUCUGGGCUCACAUGAAAACCCUCAUGGACAUCGAGGUCGAGUCAGAGCUCCAGGGCAUCAUGGCGAAGAACUACGCGAAGUUACCAGAGGAGUACUGGAAGUCCAGAAAAACUUUGGAGGACGUUUUCGAUGAUUUGCAGGCCUCGAAUGACCCCAGCAUCAGGACGGAGGCGAUGAGGCCUGACCAUCUCAUCCAGAAAUACCUUAUUCUCGAUCAGAUACCCAAACUCAUGGAUGUGAUCGAAGAGUGGAUUGACAACACCAACUGCAAUCCUCAGUUCAUCCGGUUUCUGGCUCACCUGGUGCUGCUGUUCAGGCAAAUUGGCAAGAGUUGUGACGAUGUCGUGGGGAAUAAAGUACUUCUCAAUUAUGUCAAGGUACUGAUUGAGAUCGGGGAUCCCAUCCUCAUAGCCUUCUACACAGCCAGCCUCCCCCAGGACGAGCAGAUCAGCAUUUAUGCUGGCUAUCUCGAGGGAGUCAGGGAAUUUGAGAUGAGGAAAAAAUGUUUGACUGCUGCUGAGGACGCAAAUCUCAAUGUCGAAGCCAUCACCAAGCUUGUCGUCGAGAACGUGAGAAAUAAAAAUGUUGACGAAGGGAUUGAUUACGAACUGAGUGCCAGGAUCACCGAGGGUGAUGUCGAAAAAAUCGAGGCCUUGGACUGGCUGACGUUUUACCAGAGUCAGAGGGAUGAGGCCCUCUGGCAGGCCAAUGCACUCAUCAGGUACUUCCUCACCUGUGAGAAGAUCGACGCUGCUAGGAAGGCCUUUAAUAAGAUCCCACCCAAUUCCAUUGAGGUCGUCCUGAUGGAACAUCCAUCCAUGGAGACCACUGUCUCACAAAUUGUCACCACAAAUGAGGUUUUGUACAAGGCUUCGGCAUCCAUCAGGGAAUAUCUCUGUUAUAAGGCUUACUUGGACGCUCAGGAGGGCUUCCAGGAGUGGUUCUCACAUUUUCAUCAGGGCAAACCCUCACCCUUGGAGACUUUACCCUCUUUUGCUACUUUCACUGAAAAAGUCGCUCACGAUCAUAAAAAAGCGCAGUAUGAAGCCGAGAUGGACAGAUGGAAGUGCACAAUGCAGCACCAUACUAAGGCUGUGAAACAAUUACUUUUCAAUGUUCUCCUCUUCCCCGAUGGAGGCUGGCUAGUGGACAAAAAUCCAGAGAGCCUGGAGCAGCGUCCUGAGCACGCCCUUCGCCAGCAUCAGCUGCGAAAACUGAGGAACCUCUGUAUUCCCAAAGUUACACUUCUCCUGCUCAACGUAAUGUCCCAGAUGAAUGAGCACGGGGGCUGCAUCGAGCUCGCCGAUACAAUCGCCUCAGAGCAGUACAAACUCUACCAGAUAUUCUCUAAGGAACGUAUUCGCGAGGUUUACAGAAAAAUCUGUGAGUCCUCGGUUGCCCUGAUGGACCAGAAGAAGGACCCCUGGGGAUACCCAAGAUGAUGCCAAUAAUUCAGCGCUCCAUUUCCUUCACUCAGUUGAGUUUACAAAACGAUUCUUUUUUAUUGUCAACCACACAAAGUGAAUAUAAAAUUUUCAUACAUUUGUUAAUUAAUGAAUAAUCGUAAUCAUCGAUAACUUGUAAUAAUGAGAAAUAAAUCAUAAGAAUAACAGUGGAAUGAAUAUAACGAGUUAAUCUUCAUUUUGCUUUCAGAAUUUUAAACACUGACCGAUGCUCAAGAGACAAUUCGAUUUUUACCAUUUUUUUAACAUCGAUUGAUCAUAAAAACUAUUGACAUUGCGGGAAAAUUCUGCAGACGUUUUUUGUCGGAAAUUUAAUAAUCCACAAAAUACGUCAUCUGAUACUUCAACGUCGGACUGAUAGUUCUUUAGAUAAAUGGGUAAUUAAGAAAAAUGUUAAAUUCGACUUAUCUAAUUUUUCUACUUCACCCUGAAUUACAUCAAUUAUUUUGUAAUUUCUGUUCUCAACUGAAUUAGUCUAGUGUUGACAAUGGCUGGUCAGCCAGGACGAAGCGAUAUUUCAUUCGUGCACUUCUGCAUCAAUUAAAAUUUCCCGCCACUCAUUAAAAUCGAUCGCUAAAUGCCUGAAUGAAUUAAUGCAGUUGACAGUUAUUGUACUUGAUUACACAUCGAGGAAAUUACAGGGAAUUACAAUUGAUAAACGAUCGAGGCUGUCCUCGAUUGAAUCGCAGAAGGCGGACAAAUGACACAUGACAAUAAUCAACGAAAUGUAAUAAAGAAAAAUGGAUAAUCCGAAAAAAAAAAAACGAUGGGAGGACGAAAAAUUUUUCAAUCUAAUUCUAAUACGAUAUCCGAAGAUGACUGCAACAGUCAAAAAGAUUCUACGUUAUACAUAUUAUUGACAAAAAUUCACUUCUCCAUCUCUCAACAUUUCAAUGAUAUCUUGAAUUAUCGAAGAUCGAAAAAUUCUGAUCAACUACAUUUAAACAUGUCCCACCUCGUUAUCAGUACCUACGAGCAAGUAAAAAGCCUCAGGAUUUAAUGGGACAAUCACAUGAAUGAUCUUGCACUCGUUAUCACCGUACUGGAUUCAUUAUAAAACUCCACAUGUAGAAAUUCUGAACGGUACCCUAGCGAUUCCAGCAACAAUUUUGAACAUUGAAAUAUUAUACAGUGACCCUGACCCUCUUAUUGUCUCGUUAAUGAAGUCAAUACGGUGACGGUGACUUUUCCUCUUUCAAAUGUCAAUUCUUUUUACAGUUUCUUCGAUAUGAUAUAUGUAUAGCAAAAGACGUUAUCGCUUAUUGUCUAGACGAUAAAUUCUGGAUUUAUUCUCAAUUUCUCUGUUUCCUAAGAAGCUAGUGACCCUGGACAGUGCUGGGCUGCCUCGCAAGUCUUUUAUUCUGUCCUCCGAAUUAUCGUUAAUUGAUAUAUUGAAUGAUAUUUUUUUUCAUUUUUAGACGUUUACGGUUUUAUCCGGAGGUGGAGUAGUGAAAGAGGAGAAAUUAAUUAUCAUUGAAUGAUUAUUCGGGGUAUUACAUUGUGAUCUCAACGAACAAUAUGAAAAAUAUUGUUCAUGUUGUUUGAAUUUUCUUCAUCUGUAAAAAAAAUAUUUCGACACUUGUUAUUGCAUUUCACCACUUCACUGCGGAAUUUUCUAUUUCUCUAGGUAAUUCCUGUGGAAUUUAUAUAUUAUUAAAUAUAUUAAAUUAUUUAUUUAAAAAUCGGAGAGUGACUCUGGAAGCAGCCCCUUCGAGUCGUCGUCCUGGGUGUCUCAUAUACGAAUGACAUACCAUUUUAUUGUCAAUUUCACAGAAGUAGGAGAUUUAUUCCGCUUACACUAAAUAGAUUUAUAUUUAUAUUGUAUAUAUAUAUUUAUUCCUUACCCAACUCAAUUAACUUAUAUAUUGAAAUAUGUUUUCUCCUUGCACAUUAAUUUGUCAGUGAGGAGUAAUUUACUUUCAUCGGUUUAGUACGGGAAUUAUUGUCCGCUGAAUUUAAUCUGUAUUGUCGCAAUUCGAAAUAUCAUUUUUAAACAUUAAUUUAAAAAUACUGGUGGAUUAGCGCCUGCUGGAUACGCUUAUUGUCAAAUCGUGCGGCUAUUCGUAAGCUUAGGAUUUUAAACAUUUACAGUACCACGUAUUUGAAAGUUCCAGUUAAUCCGGUUGAUCAUCGUGGCAAAUCUCACGAUUUGUGCCAAAGAAGGAGCGAAAGUUUUCUGUGAUUUUUCCUCUCUAUUUUUUUUUUUGCAGUUAUCUAGGUCGCGAGGAUUGGAUUGAAUUUUUUUUAGUGAUUAGAGAUAAUUUGGGGGACAACCCACUGGCAAUUUUGGAUGGACACUUGGAUUCAAGAUAUUCUCCACGAUUUAACGGAAUUGCGGAAUGAAACGUGAGAAUUCUAAAAUUGAUAAUUACGCUUAUUAUUCUAAUUCGAUUAUGUAUUCCUUUGAUUUCUUGGUUUGAUAGUUUUAUCUCCGCUUUGAGUGUAGAUCGAAAACAUCGAUGAAUCGUUUGAUUGAAUUGCAAUUUAUCUCGGGGACAUUCAGCUCACGGAAUUUUCAAAUUGUUCUUCAACUCUUCUGCUGGAAUUUUUCUGUAAAAAUUCUCAGGCAUUAUUUACCUAAUCUUUUUUUCUAUAAAAUAGUACAAAAAAGUGGGAGGAAUUUACGAGGAUAAAUCGGCAAUUAAAAAUGUGAAAUCUAAUUAAUUAUAAUUUAAUAACUUCGGGAUUUGACUUCUCAAUUGAAACUCAAGUCUUUCCCUUUUUUAGGAAUAAAAAAAAUAAGGAAAGAAUUCGAUUAUCAUAAAAUAUAGUCCCCAAUAAUGUGAUCCAAGUGGGUGUCCAAAAAUUUGUUCAUAAUUCCAAUGGCAGAAACAACAAGAAUGAAUAAGUGACAUGAAAUCCUGCACCCAAGGCACGUUUUAUACUUUCACUCUGUUGAAAUAAGGUCCACACAUCUAAA